AUGGGCAUUGAAACGCCCCCGGCAACGGAAGAGGAGCGCACCGCCCACAUCGAAGCCCUCAAGCAGCGCCUAACCGCCAACAGCACCAUCUACAAAAUUUUCCUCUCGGACGCGGCUCUGCACUCCGUCUCCCGCGGCGUCGUGACUCUCCGUCUGACGCUCACCGAUGCCCACGUCAACAGCCGAAAGGGCCUGCAUGGCGCCGUGUCCGCAGCCAUAGUGGACUUUUCCACAGGCCUGUCCAUCGCUUCAUGGGACCUCAGGAGCCAGACGGGGGCCAGCGUGGACAUGCACAUCAGCUAUCUCUCCACGGCCGGCGUCGGAGAUGUUGUCGAGAUUGUGGCUACGGCAGAGAGGGUCGGCGGUAACAUGGCGUUUACCACUUGCAAGAUCUUUAAGAUUGGGGAGAAUGGGGAGGCGAAGCUUGUGACUUUGGGACAGCAUACGAAAUAUGUCAAGCUGCCGGGGCAGCAGACCGCCGCUAAGAGUUCAUGA